AUGCAGGCUGGGUGCGAUGGCGUUCACACGGCGUCCGAGCGCACACUUUUAGCUACAGCUGCGCGGGCCGGACCCUCGAGGGUGCCUAGCAAAUGGGCGCCCAAGGCUGGCCGAAGUGUGGCCGACCCAAGCUUUCGCUUUGGUCCCUGGUGA